GGCAGCAGUGAUUGCCAGCCUCCUGUGAACAAACCCUCCCUGGUCCUACUCCCCACUCACUGUCCCAGGGCCGAGUCCCUGCAGCACUCACCUCUGCUUGCUAUGUCCCCUUGCUCAGGAACCCCACAAUCCAUUGGUGUGUGCAUUCAGUCACCAGCCUGGGUCUCCAUCACCUUCUAUUGAUCAGUGAUUUUCUUUUGUACUGGUGAUUUGGAAAAAUAAAAUUUGCAAAUUUACUGUCUCCAAAGUUAUUUACCUUCUGUGAACUAUUUCCUCUCUGAAACUAGAGACUGUUUUUUGCUGUUCUGGUUUGGAUAAAAUACAAACUGGUGGCAAUCUCUGCAGUAGGCUUGCCUUUUACACCAAGUGCUGAUGUAAUAGCACAUUGUUAGCUUGUGCUUUCCUAUGAAACCUACUCUAUGGGACCUGCUGUAGCAGGGGGUUGGACUAAAUCAUCUUCAGAAGUCCUUUCCAACCUGUACAGUUCUGCAAUUCUGCAGUAAGUAUAACAGAGGGAAAUCCCAGCCUCUGCAGUUUGAAUGGUAGGAAUAAGAUUUACUGCAAAUAUGCCCCUUUAUUGAGAAAAUUGUUAACUAGAGCUGUGGCUCACAUGCCAAAGACUGAUCCAAAGGAAAUAAGUGUCACUGAAAUACCAAAAGCAGCUCAGUUUGAGCGCUUUGAAAUAAGCAAUAGCCCUGGUUCUUUCAAGACAAUUGCUCGGAUCUAAAGGGAUCUCUACAUGUUUAUACGUGGUCUGUAGGAAUUAAACAUGAAAUCAUAUAACCUCUAUUCUUGGUGACCUAGCCUGGAGAUUCAGCAGCCUCCAUAGGCAUCUUAAGUGCCAAAAGAGGCAAAUGAUGAUAAGAGGAAGUUUUCCACUGCAAGUGGUGAGGUCAUGGUACGGGCUGGCUCCUGGCUCCAGCCCUUCCAUCACUCAGGUUCAUUGCACACACCUGAGCUUCCCUGGCUUGGUCCUGCCUUCCUAGCAGGUGCUCAAUCAUUGCUUCAAGCUGUGACUUAGCAUUUCUGCUACAGUAUUUAAAUGGCACCAAUGCAAGUUGAAAACAUAGGAAAAAAUUAAAAAAAAUUAAGGAAUUGUGUUUAUAUUUAUCUAAUACAAUCUUUUUGGAUAAAUGUUAUAAUCUGUGAGAUUAUAAGUGUUUUGUUUAACUGGAGAUGUGGCCCUUCCAGUUCAUUAUAAGCCUUGGUAACCCAUCAGUGGCAGACCUCUUGGAAGUGCAAACAAUGGAGGACGAGGCAAACCAAGUGCAACCCCCAAAUGAAAUGCAGGUGCCGAACUCCGACAGCAAUUACGUGUGGCAUGUCACCGACAUGAAUCGACUGCACCGCUUCUUGUGCUUUGGUUCAGAAGGUGGUUCUUACUGCGUCAAGGAGCAGAGGCUGGGCUUUGAAAAUGCAGCAGCUUUAAUGAGACUGAUUGAGGAAGGCAGAGGUUGUGAAGUUGUUCAGGAAAUUAAGACAUUCAGUCAAGAAGGCAGAACAGCCAGACAAGAGCCCCUGCUUUUUGCGCUUGCGAUCUGUUCACAGUGUUCUGAUGCAAAAACAAAACAAGCAGCGUUUAAAGCUGUUCCUGAGGUGUGCUGCGUACCAACUCAUCUCUUUACUUUCAUCCAGUUUAAAAAAGAUUUGAAGGAGGGCAUGAAGUGUGGCAUGUGGGGCCGUGCACUGAGAAAAGCUGUGGCAGAUUGGUACAAUGGAAAGAAUGGCAUGGCUGUUGCAUUAGCAGUUACAAAAUAUAAACAGAGAAGUGGUUGGUCUCAUAAAGAUCUUCUGAGAUUGUCCCACCUGAAACCUGCCAGCGAAGGUGUAGCUAUUGUCACUAAAUACAUCACCAAAGGGUGGAAAGAUGUCCAAGAAGCUUACAAAGACAAAGCAGUUUCUGCUGAGACUGAAAAGCUUUUAAAAUACCUGGAGGCUGUGGACAGAGUGAAACACACAAAAGAUGAAUUGGAGGUUAUUCAUUUAAUAGAGGAAUAUGGUCUUGUUAGGGAACAUCUAUUGACAAACCAUCUGAAAUCUAAAGAGGUUUGGAAGGCGUUGCUGAAGGACAUGCCCAUUUCUGUGUUGUUGAGAAAUCUAGGGAAGAUGACUGCAAAUUCAGUCCUUGAACCACGGGGCUCAGAAGUGGCAAUAGUAUGUGAAAGACUGCGAAAUGAGAAACUGCUAAAAAAGGGUAGAAUACAUCCAUUCCAUGUAUUGGUUGCAUUAGAAACCUAUAAAUCUGGACAUGGAAGCAGAGGGAAGCUUUGGUGGCGUCCUGAUGAAGACAUUUUAGAAGCUUUAGAUGCUUCAUUCUACAAAACUUUUGAGACACUUGAACCAACAGGAAAACGUUUCUUAAUUGCAGUUGAUGUCAGUGCAUCAAUGACUCAAAAAGUUUUGGGCAGUGUGCUGAACGCUAACACGGUUGCAGCAGCGAUGUGUAUGGCUGUAGCACGUGUUGAGAAGGAUUCCCAUGUUGUUGCCUUUUCGCAUGAAAUGGUCCCUUGUCCUGUGACAGCUGAUAUGAUGUUACCUCAAGUAUUAGUGAAAAUGUAUGAAAUUCCAAUGGGUACCACUGAUUGUUCCCUUCCAAUGAUAUGGGCUCAGAAAACACAGACAGCUGCUGAUGUCUUCAUUGUAUUUACUGAUAACGAGACUUUUGCUGGAAAUACUCAUCCUGCAACAGCUCUUAGAGAGUACAGGGAGAAAAUGGGCAUUCCUGCUAAAUUGAUUGUAUGCGGAAUGACAUCAAAUGGUUUUACGAUCGCCGAUCCAGAUGACAGAGGCAUGUUGGAUAUAUGUGGUUUUGAUGCUGGAGCUCUGGAUGUUAUUCGAAACUUCAUUUUGGAUUUGAUUUAAUUUUCUAGGCGUCUGUUCUUCCCUGUGGGUCCAUUGCUGGCAACAGACUUAACCCUGGGAACCCCUGGCCAAAUGUACUUUAUUAGAAUAUGGCACAUAAUAUACAUAUCAAAAAUGUUACCUUUUUGUGAGGGGAAAGCAAGAAAAGCAGAUGAUAAAUCACUUUUCUCCUUUUUCCUGUUGUGCACAAAUUAAAGUAACGGUGGGAAGUUUGCUAAAAGUUACGGGGUUACACAACAUGUAAUUUAAUUUCAUUUAUAAUAGAUCAUGAACACGGAGAUGUUUUCCCCCCACUGCUGCGUGAUGGUUGUUUACAAGAAUAAAUUGAUGAAUUAUUCCUAGGAUGGGGCAGGAAAGAAAAGUGGUUUUAGCUUUUUAAUAGUGUCAGUUUAACAGCAGGUUAGUUGAGUGUGUUUGUUUUUUUUUUUCUUUGGGCCUUUUUAAAAUUUAGGUAUUUUUAGCAAAUUCCUAAGCUUCAACAGUUUCCAUUGUCAUACUUUGGGUCUACAAAAACCCAUUUUCUGGCACAGGUAAGACCGCGCAACUGUGAAGUAUAAACGUUACCCAGUGAAAUUUCACACUGAUAAACCUGAAAGGGGAAGAGCCCAUGCUAAAUCUUCUAGCAGGGAUAUCUGGAUUUCUAAGAAAAAAAAAAAAAGUUCUAAGAGAGGAGUAGUUUCUGCAGUUUCAGAAGCACCGUGUUAGAGUUUGUGUGCUUCAGAGAAAAUUUUACAGACUUGCUAGGCCUGGAAAUGUCUGGGAAACCACAUUCAGAGCUUGCUGUGACUUCAGGCAGCAGCAGCAUGCUUUUCAGUGAGGAAGAUCAGCAAGUGCAUGCAUCUUAGCCUACUCUUGAAAGCUGAAUGGCAACAACCAGAAACAAAUAACCACAUUUUCUUCAAAAGAAUGUAUUCAAUGACACGUAAAUAAUCUUCUUGAUGCAAAUACUUCAUUUUUACAGUCUUUUUGUAGAUGAACACUACUUCUGAUUUCUUAAAUUAAUUUAAUCUAAUGCUUUUCAAAACUACCUCCAGUUUAUAGUGACCAAUUCUUAAUAACUUUUAUGAAAUAUACAGUUGCCUCGUUCUCAAAAUCUUGUUUAGGAAGUGACUGAAGCUAGAUUUUUCUUUUUUUCAUUCUGAUAGUAAGAGUGUGAGGAAAGAAGGAAAAAGCUAGUGAAUAUCUUACCACUUAGGAACAGGGACUGAUAACAACUCGUGUGUAUAUGUAUUUAAAAUGCUGUGUAUGUGUUUAUAGAUGUGUGUGGGGGGGGAAGUUAGAAGAUCUCUUUAGGAGAUCGCAGUCUUAGAGUUUUUUUCAUUGAUGGUUUUAUCACUUCUCAUCAGACAUUUUAUGUCGGCCUCUUUUGUGAUAAUUCUAUUUUAAACAGUGAAUUUGAUGUUAAUUUGAAAAUAAGUAUGGUUUAUAAAAAUAACCCAACUGUGGUAAAUGACAUGUAAGACCAUAUUUUUCUGCCUAAAAAAGCAAGCUUUUAACUGUAAAAUUCAAGCUCAUAUUAUACUUCUGAUACCUCUAAUUAUGCCUCCUACAUAUUGACUAUAAAUCCAAAGCUGCGGUUCUGUAGGAUGGAUAUCUAUUUGGUGCUAUCUAAAAUGAGAUUACAUGUUUCUGAAGGUAUUCUGCUACAGGCUUAUACUCUACCUUAACAAAUGAAAAUGGUAAGGGAGUCCUUUUCUGACACUAAGAAACAACAGAAUUGUUUUAAAUCCAUGUCUUAAGGAGCGGAUGGUAGGUGUGUUAGUUUUCAGGGAACAUGAAUCAAGUUACUUCUGGAUUAUCACUGCUAUUACGAUGCAGCUCUGUUAGAAUGCUUGAAGAACACUUUGCUAGCACCAGCUGGUCAGGUAACACACAGAAAUAAGUGUUCCUACAAAAAACUAACAAAAUAACACUUUGAGUUUGGAGAAAAAAAAAUUGGUCUUUUCCUGUGGAAAAACUUCCUACCAACUGUAGUCUCCUUGCUGAAUAAACAUAAUAAAUACAGGGAAUGAACAUACUUACAUGUUAAUUAUUUCAAGUAAAUGCACUGGUUUGGGAAAUAUUUUUGGUAGUAGUGUGUUUGAAAUGAGACAAUAGUCAAACAACUGAUCAGAUGUUUCCUGUUAAGCUAGAGGCGUUGAAAAUAACUGAUGGCUAAGUAUCUGUUGCAAGUACUUUUUCUUAUUUGAAGUAGUAUUUGUGAAGUAAUAGGAAAUGUGUUGGACUAAAUAUGGAAUGAGAAACUUGAACUGGUAUUUCAAGUAUCUUUUGGCAGUUAACUGCAUAAAUAUACUGCAGGUAAAACAUUAGUUAUUAACAGUGACUGAAAUUACAGUAGCAUUGCGGUGUUGAAAGUGGUUCCGGUUUAAAAUACGAUUCCUUGAAGUACAGGGAAGGUGAAUUUUUCAGUAGGACUUAUAGAAAAUGUAGCUCUCUAUCUGUUGAUGCUAGGUAUAGUUAUCUGUGCUGGAGUACAUAAUAUGCCCCUAAAUAUUUUCCUUAACUCCAUAUCGAAAAAUCUUGUUAGAAUUUCUGCUGUAGGGAACCUGCUUUGGCAGGGGGGGUUGGACUCGAUGAUCUCUGGAGGUCCCUUCCAACCCCUACAGUUCUGUGAUUCUGUAAUAUUUUAUGCGGUGGCUGUCCAAUGUAAAGCUAACACUGUUGAGAUCCUGUUGUCAUCUGCUCCCCCUUUAAAGUUUGCACAGAGGGAGAACCAAAGUGUUUCAGCUGUCAGCUUACUUUGUGGUGUGCUGACCCCUGUUCCUGCUGUCUUCUUUCUGGGGUUGUUACUGUCUUGUGUUAAGUGGCAUAAGAAUGAUGCUGCAUUUUUCUUUUCCAUAGGAGAAAGUUGAUGGGUUUUUUAUCUGCCUGCAUGCUGGAUUUCAGGAGGACAGUAUGACUUAUGUGCUAUAAUACACAUUUCUCCUAUAAACUGGUAAUUCCUAAAAUGGUACCUGAACACGUGAAUGGGCAGCAAUUGUAAUGUGUAAUAUAACAUGCUCCAAUUUUUUUUUAAACAAGACCUGAGACAAAAUUGUUAAAUUUAGGUGAUAAUUCAAUACACCAUCAGUAACCUGCCCUUUCACUAAAGAGGAGACAUCACUUUCUCAAUUUGAUAGUAUCUUUUGCAUUGGAGGAACGCUUGGACUAAUAAAACAAAAAAUGGGGCUGUAAUUGUGCUCUGCAGUUUACCUGUAAAAUAGAACAGGAAAGAAUUUAAAAAUGGUGAAGUUCAGAAUAAACACUUAAAGUCUAAAAGUGCAGCUGGGCGAAUGCAGGUUUCCUGAUACAUGUCACCAUUAAUAGGCUUUCAGUUUGACUGUCAUUUCAGUGAGAUUCCCUAAUAAUUCUUAGUCUAAGACAUAAUCUAAUAAUAUUCAGGCACUUUACCGUUAAGGAAAGGAUCUAAUGGUUGGCAGCACAGCUGAAGUAAAAUGUUCAUCUAUAAUGAAGAGCUGUAAGCGGUGGACAUCAGAGGGGCAGGCUUUUUCACUGCAGUGAUACACUUAAGAAUAUGGAAGGCUUCUAAAUAUAAUACAAUUAGUCACCAUUGUAUAAUGAAUCAAGACAGUUGUGAUUUUGCCAAGAAUUAAGAUUUUGUGCCAGGAAUUGUAUAGCAAGAGAGAGCAGGGUUUGGGAUGCUUGUAGGUCUUAAUUACACAGGGGCUUAAUUUGCAGUUUUCUGUGCUCAAAGAAGUCUAAAGGUCAGUCUAAAUUAGAUACAAAGUUAGUGAGGCUGGUUUAACUGCCCAGUAUGCAAUGGCUGCUAAUAACUGGCUGUAAAGUAACUUGCUGCUUUAAACCACAGUUCAAUAAUUGUGGGAGCAGGAUGUUGAGAGGCUAUCCGAUAGAGUGUAUGUUCUUGGCUAAAGAAGAACACCAGUCAUUUUGGAAAUGUAUUUUAACAAUGGCUCCAACUGAAAAAACACUAGGAAAAUAUUUUUCUCCAUUAGAAGAUACUGUUCUUCUUAAUCGUGUACCUAACUUGUAGCUGUCAUACCAGAAGCACUACUGUUGGUUCCACUGAUGUUUGGCUUUUCCAUAUUUUCCCAUGUUCUGCUUUUCUCUACUCAUGUUGGCUUUUUUUUCCCCAUCAUUCCAAUCACUGAGUGAACUUUAGUUUAUACUUGAAUCUCUCUUUGCUCCAUGCUCUCCUCCUCUCUUCUGUUGCCUGUGUUCUGCCUUUAUGCCAUUGUUGAGCAUGAUAGCUUAGCUAAGCAAUUUAUUCCACAACUGAUGUCAUAGUACUUAAUUUUAAAAGCAGGACAACUUUAUUUACCUUUCUUUGGUUAUAUAAUUCUCUAACAGAGUAUUUAAUUUGCUGUAUUUGUCAGAUCUUUGGUUUUAAAAGUUGCAUAAAUUACAAAAGUGUCUUUAUUCUUUUAAAAAUCCAGCCUCUGCCGUUGCAAUUAAAUGGUACUAUUUUCACAGAAUAAUUUAAAAACGGCUUCUCAAAUGUAAAUCUUCUUUUCAGAAUUAGUUUGGGUCCGAGCUUUCCAUUCCCUUUAAUAUUGUCAAGUUGCUGUUACAUGCAGAACAAGAAAAACAUAUGAAUGAAUCCUCUAGAUGAAUGGGCAGCUUCUCUGCAAUAUUGAAAACAUUUGAAUAACAGAAUGCGUAGAAAUAAAGCAGAGCACCAGUCACUCAUCUUGCUCACGCUUUGUCUUGUUUGUUAAGCAUUUUGCCAGUUUGUUUAGCUGCUUGCAGUGGUUCACAGAGUACAGAUAGGUUGUGAGUAAUUUUUUCCAAUGGCUAUUUUGCUGAAAUGAUAGAUUUCAUUGUACCACAACACAGUACAGUGUACAACGCUGCCAAGUAAGACUUAAGGGGGAAAUGUAAAACAAGGCUGUAUGCUGCUCUGAGCUAAGACUUUAACUUAAGCAGAAAGUUGAUGUCUUUAAGUUAAUGUGCUUAAAGCUGGAUUGAUGAUUUUGAUACUGUCAAGUGUGGUUUCUCUGGGUAUUUCUGCAUUCUAAAUCUAUAUAUUUGCAUAUGUGUACAUGGUAUGUUGGGAACUUCACAAAUGCUUUGUUAACAAAUAAUGAAUGGAGAUAGCUGUUUUCCUGAUGAUACCAGCUUUUUUUGUUAAGUGCAACUAAUUACAAAGAAAUGUCUGUUCCAUUAUGUUCUCAACUAGAAGUGUAGUUCUACUCUUGAGGAAGAAUCCUGUGGAAGAAAUGAGCAGAUGAGUGCAUUCACAGUUCUGUCUGCUUUGUGAAAUAACAAAGAAAGUUUGCUUCCAGCUUCUUAGGAGCGUGGUAUUUGAGCUGGAUGAGUGCUUAUCUUAAGUAUAAUUCCUAUUACAGAGGAUUUUAGGGGGUAAUUUUGAACAUUCAGAUCCUAAGGAGAGAAUUAUGGUAAGAUAAACAGCUUUUGUUCUAGAGAUGAUUUUCUAUUUAUUUAUUUUUAAAGCAACAGUUUUAAUGAUUGGCUUUGAAUGCCUCCUUCCCUCCCUUUUUUUCCCCAGAGUAGAACCACACUUCAGCUGCCAUAUCAUGUUUAAACAACUUAAACGUAAUGUGGUGGCUUUGUGCUAUCUGGUAACGAAGCCACCGUCUUGCUGCUGCUUUCUAUGGAAUUACACAAAAUUAACAAGAAAAUAUUUGGAUGGGGAGCCUUAAUGCAGUUGAAAAGAAGCAUAAUUAACCCUUUGAUUGCCUUAAGAACAUGAUUUUCUGUAAUAAAUUGGCACUUGUUGGACUCUGCAGGCAAGCAGCAUGCUUUCUCAACCAUUGGAGUGGAAUAUUGCCUUAAGUGACAAUGCCCUGAGACUUCUGAAAUUUAGAACUCGAAGGGUUAUUUUAAACUAUUGUUUGGGGGCUUUUUCUAACAGGGAACAAAAUGAAAAAUUUCUUUGCAUAUCGUGAGUACUUACAUUAUGGAUUUGCAGGCUUUCCAGGUGCACAAUUAUUAACCUUGUCAGAAGAUAUAACUGGCCUAAGAAUGAUGGGCAAAGAAUACUUUGAUACCAAUAUAUGUGCAAAAUAAAUUCUUUUCUUAAGUAUAAAUUUAGGGAGAGAUGCACACUUGUUUGUUUAACUUAAUGAGUGUUGUUGUCAAGACUUAAGACAAUGAUGAAAUUAGAAAAAAUAAGUAGUAAAUUGCAAUGGUGAAAACACGAGGUCAGUGUGUUAUCUCUAAUUACAUGAAUUAAAGAUGCACAGUGCAGACCAGCUGCAUACUGAACACUUUCUACAAAUAAUAUUAUUUAAAUUUAUUUCAAACCUGCAUCCCAAAAAGGAAGCUGUCAAAUUCAGAUGAUAGUCUUGCAAUCCUAGUUAGCUAAAGAUCAGUGUAGAGCUUUUGUUAUCUUGAGGAAGGACUGAAUAAAAAUCCUUGACUAGCAUUUUUAGUCUAAACUGUGCAUCUUUAGUACUGUAAUGGUCUCUUACUAAAGAAAGAAAUUUUUACUACUGACAUAUGAGCUUUCUUGAAAUAACCAAGUCUUGGCAUUGGUUGGUCUGGCUUUGGAUGUACAUUUUACUGAAACUAUUGAAUUUAGGUUUUUUAGACAUUUAACUGCAAGUUAAUACUGCUAGUAAAUUGCAUUUUUGACUGUAGAAUAUAAAUACUAAAUAAACUCUAUGCAUAUUGGA